UGGGCCUUCUUGGGCCGUCCUCAAACCCUACACGUCCUCAGCCCUGCCAGCCGCCUAGCCAUCCUCAGUCGGCAGCCGCUACAAUGUCACCCAGACUCCAGACUCCGGCCAGAGUCCAGAGCCGCCAGGACGCCAGGUACGCCGCCGGGCGCCGGCCCCCUCCUCCCUCUUCUCGCCGGAGGAAAUGGAGCCACUCGCUCUCCCCUCGGGCUCCUCGCACCCGACCCGCCCGCAGCCGCAGCCGUAGCCGCACCCGCUCCUCCACCAUCUCCCGUCCAACAGACCUUGAAGGAAGCAAUUGAAAUCAAUAACUCUGUUCCUCAAGGAUUGAGCAGUUCUAUAUUUACAAAGAGGCCAGAUAUUAUUUUUAAGUGGCUCGGGCCCCAUGGUAGUGAUUGUGGUAUAGUGAAUGUGAACAUACCUACUAAUGGUGCUGAAAUUGGUGGAGCAUUUGGUGGAGAAAAAGCAGCUGGUGGUGGACGAGAAGCAGGGAGUGAUUCCUGGAAGCAGUACAUGAGGAGGGCGACUUGGAGGGAGGUCCUAGAGUAGUAAGUCACUUGUUUACUCCAUGAUGGCAAUAGCAAGCAGAUCGCGGUGGUGCCUAUGGAUGCUACAACAAGAAAGAUCAAAAGUUCUUUUGGAUGGAUGCAGCUAGAUAUUUUGUUUUGUAUUUUCUCCAAAAGAGAAAUUUGCAACGUUGUGAAUGAUAUUAUAAUUGUGAUGCUUUUGUGAAUAUAUAAUUGUGGUGCUUUUGUGUUUA